CACUGCUGUCAGUUUCUGCAUGCAUGCUUCAGAUGGCUCAUAUUCACAAGCUCUUCUUCUUCACCUUCACCAUAAUUGCUUCCGGGGCAGUAUUGUCGGUAAAGGCAAAAAACUUUACCAUGGUGAACGGAUGCAAUGAGACUAUAUGGCCUGGAAUAAUCACUCAUAGUGAUGGCCACAAUGGUGACGGCUUUGCCCUAAAACCUGGUGAAACCACCUUCUACUCCUCUCCGACUGGAUGGAGUGGCCGUAUAUGGGCUCGGACCGGCUGUAAUUUCGACAAAAACGGCAAUGGAACAUGUCAAACUGGCAGUUGUGGCACAUCUCUAAAUUGUACAGGACCAAGUAGUCCACCGAACACAAUUGCUGAAUUUACCUUGGGAGAAACGGAUUUUUAUGAUGUUAGCCUUGUGGAUGGUUUCAAUGUACCUAUAGUAGUGUCACCCGGUCAUGGUAAAGGGAAUUGCAGCAUUGCUGGUUGUGAUGGUGACUUGAGGCAGAGUUGCCCCCCGGAGCUCACCGUUAAGUCGGAUGGUAAGGUCACUGCCUGCCGGAGUGCUUGCGACGUGUUCAAUACCGACGAGUAUUGCUGUCGAGGAACAUAUGCAGACCCCUUGACAUGUAUGCCUUCAAAUUAUUCCAAGGCUUUCAAACAGGUGUGUCCUGCUGCAUCAAGCUAUGCAUUGGAUGAUAAGACAAGUAUCAUAUCCUGCACUGACCAAGAAUACAUUGUCACCUUCUGUGGUACAAGAAAUCAAACAGAGUGCUCCCACCAUAACAAGAGACUUGUCUGUAACAAAUCCACUGGCUCCAGAAUCCUCCAUCAAGGAUGGUGGCUUCAAAUGCUGCUGGCAUUGCCUUUGUUGUUUAUUGUACUAAUAAAGCUCUAGCAAACUCUGUACACUGGAUAUAUUUUCCCCCUUUUUUUUGUCAUUUUGUUUGUUUUCUCUGUUUUGGGCGGAAAAGCACUGAAUGUACCUGACUUCAUCUACUCAAAAAUAUAAAUUUUUUUAGGGUUUCUCCUGAAACUGGAAGUUGAAGGAGAAUAACUUCAGAAACUUCUUUUAUCCGGAAAAUUAAUUGUGCAAGUCCAGCGCCCUGCUUGAUAUGUGUUUAAAGAAAAUAAUAAAAGGGCAAAUCAUAGAUAAUCGAUUUUAAGUUAUCUAUCAAGCAACUUUCCUGGAGCAGGCGACACAAAACAAGAGUAACAAAUAGUAACCUUACUUCAUGCUUUUAUCUCUGUUUUGGGCGGGGCGGGGCGGGGCUGUGGCGUUGAUGGCCAUCUUCAUCCCACCAGGACACUGAUCGUUGACGGUGCAAAGAAAGUAGUUUUCUCCAAAUCUUAGCUGGAUUUGAUCGUAACCUGAGAAUUUCAUCUUGAGGCGGUAUGUUGAUAUCACUGCUCAGGCUAUGUGCAUGAGAGGUCUACUGAUGAUUGUGUUGUAGGCAGACUCGAUAUCCACCACCAAGAAAUCGAUCAUGAACAUCUUCGUCAUUGGUGGAGAGAUAUCACUCCUAUUGGGAGAACAGAUUCGCCGUUCAACGGGGGUCAAUGACUUCUUUAAUUUGCUUUCUGGGAUGUUCAUCCCCUUGUUUACUUCUCGUUGAAUCAAGAUUUUAACCACAUAGAAUGCUCCAUCAAUUCAGACCCAUUGUAGAGAAAACCAUCGUAUAUAGCAUUAAUUCAAUGUCCAAGCCUCAGAAAGAUCAAAAAGUUCUCAAUCAAGCCUCAAGUUAUCAAAUAUAAUCUGGUUUCUAGUCAACCAGAUUGUCCAUAAAAUGACAUAGAACAUCAAAAUCCAUGAAACCUUUACUUUUGUGCACUGUUGUUAGGCAGUUUGGCUGGGAGUGAUUCUCAGACCCUCUAUUUAGUAAUCUGUCAUCUUGGUUUAGCCCGGCUUCUUGAUGUAACCUGUGUUGUGGCAACCGUUUGAGAAGUAUCAGUCUCGUUAUCAGAGUUGCAGUCCAUGUGUUUGUUGAAAGUCCUGACUAUUACUUGCAUCAUUUUCCCACAGCCGUGCUUUCCCAUACCAGUAGCAUAUGGACCACAUUGUCUGGAAUAGGAACUACCUCUCCACACCAGCUCAUAACUCUACGUCAGAUUUUUCAGACUCCAGAGGACAAAAUAAGAAUUAGAUGGAGAGCUUGUUUUAUUGGAGAUGCUGCAGAAGGGGCAUGAAUCAAGAGAGGGGCUUGGGGCGCUGGGCGCUUCUUGUAACCAGAACAUUCUUAUUGUUCAGUUUGUCUAGAAGAGCUAACCAGACAAACACUUCCAUUUUAGGGGGAAAGCCCUUUCACAAGUGAGUGAUAAUAAUGUAUGGGACUGAAAUGGCCUCUUUUGCCGCAAUUAUCUGACAGAAAGGGGAAGGGAUAUAUGUCCCAUCUAUAUUUGCUUUCCAAACUAGUCUAUCAGGGUUUUCAGAGAUUGGUAAACUUUGACUAAUCAAUUGCAAUAAUUGCUCCUCCUGUCUCACUUCCCACUCAUAUGGUUCUUCUCCAUGACAAUUUCCAAUGCCAAACCAAGAACUCACCUUGCGAACAACUCUUGUAAAGAGCAACAAUUGAAUAUUCUUGGGAACAUGUUUUUCAAAGAAAAAUUUCCAAGCCAAUUAUCCAACCAAAACUUGAUUAACUUUCAAUUCCCCACCCUGAAGCUUAGUU